AUGGUGCAAACCCCGGAGGGUGACCCGAAGACGCUAACACCACCCGACGAGACCCCAUCGACGUCAAAGGAAUUACAAGAGAUUCUUCACGCAAAGCUUCGAAAGUGUGGGAAGCUUCCGUCCCCUUCCAUGACCUGCUUGAGGCUCGACCCCGAGAACUCCCACAUUGGCGUCUGGCAGAAGCGCGCGGGGCAGCGUUCUGACUCCAACUGGGUCAUGAUGGUUCCGUUCGGAAAGAAGGAUGAAGAAGGUGGAAAUGAAAAUGAAAAUGAAAAUGGAAAUGGAAAUGGAAACAAUUCUAUACCUAAUAAUAAUUCCUCUAACUCCUUUUCUGAGUGUGAUCAGACACAGCAAGUGGGAAGGCAAGAGCUUGUGAGAUCAGAGAUGGACGAGGAAGAGAGAAUCGCGCUGCAAAUGAUAGAAGAACUCCUCAGCAGAAACUGCCCCACUAGCCCUUCAUUUACUAGCAUAUAUUAA